AUGAAAGCCGUCGUCGCCCAAAACAAAGAACCCGUCCUGGUCACCGACCGGCCCAAGCCCCAACUCCGAGACGACUACCUCCUGAUCAAGGUGGUCGCCGUCGCCCUCAACCCGACCGACUGGAAACACGCGACGUUCGGCCUGGCCAAGGACGGAUGUCUGCUGGGCUGCGACUUCGCCGGCAUCGUCGAGGAAGUCGGCCCCGCCGUGACCAAACCGUGGGCCAAGGGUGACCGGAUCUGUGGCGUCGCGCAUGGCGGCAACGCCUUGCAGCCCGAGGACGGGGCGUUCGCUGAAUAUAUUGUGGCCAAGGGCGACAUUCAGAUGAAAAUCCCGGACGACCUGCCCUUUGAAAAGGCCGCGACGGUGAGUCUGGGUGCCACCACGGUCGGGCAGGGCUUGUUCCAGAAGGCGUUGAAGUUGAAUCUGCCCACGGAGCCCGUGGGCGAUAAGACAUUUGUGUUGAUUUAUGGGGGGAGUUCGGCGACGGGGGCGUUGGGGAUUCAAUAUGCGAAAUUGGCAGGCUAUACCGUCUUGACAACCUGUUCCCCGCGCAACUUCGACUACGUCAAAUCCCUCGGCGCUACGGAAGCUUUUGACUACAACGACCCCAAAGCCCCCGAGGCGAUCCGCAAAUACACAUCCAACAAACUCACUUUGGCGUGGGACACGAUCAGCUCGGAAUCGAGUGCAAAAUUCUGUGCUGAUGCAUUGGCACCUUCAAGCGGUGAAGGGUCGGGCCCUCUACGCUACGGUUCCAUCCUGCCGGUCACAUGCCCUCGCGACGACGUCGAGAGCGUGUCGACUCUGAUGUACACUGUCUUCGGGGAGCCGUUUGAAUUCGGACCGGACAAGAUCCCGGAGACUCCGGAGGACGCCGAGUUUGCAAAGAAAUUCAUGGGCAUCACGGAGAAGUUGUUGGCGGAGAAGAAACUGAGGCCGCACAAGGAGGUUGUGGGCGGCGACGGGUUGAAGGGGGUCAUUCAGGGGUUGAAGGAUAUGAAGGAUGGGAAGGUUAGUGCUAGUAAGCUGGUCUAUCGGGUGGCAGACACGCCUUGA